CCUUCAUGGAGUCGGUGCUGACGGCAUCCACUUCCCCCACAGGCCGGGUUACCUUCUCCCGGGUCUUCGGCCAACAAUGCCAGCUGAUGGAAGCAGCCGUGCAGUCACUGCACACCCUAAAUGACCAGAUUUCCCAUUUCAUUGUCACCAAGUCGAAGGCAUUGGAGGAAGACGACGACCCCUUUCUACCCACGGAGAAAGAGACCCUGAGGAGCUCCAUGAUAUUGAUGAGACACCUCUUAAUGGAUGCCCAGGCCAAAAUCCUGAGCAUGAUGGAAGACAAUAAGCAGCUCGCGCUCCGCAUCGAUGGGGCGGUCCAGUCGGCCAGCCAGGAGGUGACCAACCUGCGAGCCGAGCUCACGGCCACCAACCGGAGACUGACGGAACUGAGCGGCGGAGGCGGCGGCCCCGGCUCGGGCCCUGGAGCUGCGACCAGCGCCUCGGCAUCAGCGGUGACGGUGGCUGACUCGGCGGCGGCGACCAUGGAGAACCAUCAGCACAGCGCGCAAGUGCUCCUGCGGGAGGAAGUGGUCCAGCUUCAGGAGGAAGUACACCUUCUCCGGCAGAUGAAGGAGAUGCUGGCCAAGGACCUGGAGGAGUCACAGGGCGGCAAGUGCUCCGAGGUCCUCUCAGCCACAGAGCUUCGGGUGCAGCUGGUGCAGAAGGAGCAGGAACUGGCCCGAGCCAAAGAAGCCUUGCAAGCCAUGAAAGCCGACCGGAAGCGCUUAAAGGGCGAGAAGACUGACUUGGUGAGCCAGAUGCAGCAGCUGUAUGCCACGCUGGAGAGCCGAGAGGAGCAGCUGCGAGACUUCAUCCGCAACUAUGAGCAGCACCGCAAGGAGAGUGAGGACGCCGUCAAAGCGCUGGCCAAGGAGAAGGACCUGCUCGAACGAGAGAAGUGGGAGCUUCGACGGCAGGCCAAGGAGGCCACGGACCACGCUGCAGCUCUGCGCUCCCAGCUGGACCUCAAGGACAACCGCAUGAAGGAGCUGGAGGCCGAGUUAGCCAUGGCCAAGCAGUCCUUAGCCACGCUGACCAAGGACGUUCCCAAGCGGCAUUCACUCGCCAUGCCUGGUGAGACGGUGCUCAAUGGCAACCAGGAAUGGGUGGUUCAGGCGGACCUCCCCUUGACUGCCGCCAUCCGUCAGAGCCAGCAGACUCUCUACCACUCCCACCCUCCCCACCCUGCAGACCGGCAAGCCGUCAGGGUGAGCCCCUGCCACUCAAGGCAGCCUUCCGUCAUCUCCGAUGCAUCUGCUGCUGAAGGUGACCGGUCAUCGACACCGAGCGACAUCAACUCCCCAAGACACCGGACACACUCCCUCUGCAACGGCGACAGUCCCGGCCCGGUUCAGAAGAGCCUGCACAGUCCUAUUGUACAGUCACUAGAGGAUCUUGAAGACCAAAAACGGAAAAAGAAGAAAGAGAAGAUGGGAUUCGGCUCCAUCUCUCGAGUCUUCGCCAGAGGGAAGCAACGGAAGUCCCUCGACCCGGGCCUCUUUGAUGACUCUGACAGCCAGUGCAGCCCCACACGGCACAGCCUCAGCCUGUCCGAGGGAGAGGAGCAGAUGGACCGUCUACAGCAUGUGGAGCUGGUGAGGACCACACCCAUGUCCCACUGGAAGGCUGGCACAGUGCAGGCCUGGCUGGAGGUGGUGAUGGCCAUGCCCAUGUACGUCAAGGCCUGUGCAGAGAACGUCAAGAGUGGGAAGGUGCUUCUCAGCCUUAGUGAUGAGGACCUGGAGUUGGGCCUGGGUGUGUGCAGCUCCUUGCACAGGCGCAAGCUCCGCCUGGCCAUCGAGGACUACCGCGACGCGGAGGCUGGCCGCAGCCUGUCCAAAGCUGCCGACCUGGACCAUCACUGGGUGGCCAAGGCCUGGCUGAAUGACAUCGGCCUGUCCCAGUAUUCCCAGGCCUUCCAGAACCAUCUGGUCGAUGGGAGGAUGCUGAACUCCCUGAUGAAGCGGGACCUGGAGAAACACCUGAAUGUCUCCAAGAAGUUCCAUCAAGUUAGCAUCUUGCUGGGGAUCGAGCUACUGUACCAAGUGAACUUCAGCAGGGAGGUCCUCCAGGAGCGCCGAGCCCGCUGUGAAACACAGAACACAGACCCAGUGGUCUGGACCAACCAGCGGGUGCUCAAGUGGGUGCGUGAUAUCGACCUGAAGGAGUAUGCCGACAACCUGACCAACAGCGGUGUCCAUGGUGCUGUGCUGGUUCUGGAGCCCACGUUCAAUGCCGAGGCCAUGGCCACUGCCCUAGGCAUCCCCAGUGGGAAGCACAUUCUCCGGAGACACCUGGCAGAGGAGAUGAGCACCGUCUUCCAUCCAGCCAACUCCACAGGCAUCCGGGAGCCUGAGCGCUUUGGGACACCACCCGGCAGGGCCUCCAGCGUCACCAGAGCUGGGAAAGAGGAGAGCAGCAGCAGCAGCAGCAAGUACCGAGCCAGCCGGCUGCCCCUGGGGAAGAUAGGAAGGGGCUUCAGCAGCAAAGAGCCGGACUUUCAUGAUGACUAUGGCUCCCUUGAGAACGAGGACUGCGCGGACGAUGACCUCCAAGGCAGGCCUGAACAGUGCCGCUUGGAGGGUUACAACAGCCUGGAGGUCACCAAUGUGUAAGAAAGCCAUGUGAUACGACUCCGAAAGAGCAGACAGAAGAG